AUGACACGAGUAGUUGGUCUCAUUGUUGCUGUAGCUGGAAAACGAUACGUCCAGAGCGGAGACGAUGCCGUCAAAAUUAAAAAUAUUAACACACGAAAUAAAGGAUAUAUGCAUUUGAUCGACUGGAAUCACGAAAGUAUGAGUAUUGUCAAAUUAACUAGAUAUUAA